AUGAAAGUAAGAGUAAAUGAGGGAGUGUUAGAGGGUAGUGCUGUUGAAAAUGCCUACGGCAAGCCGUACUUUAGCUUCAAAGGCAUUCCUUACGCAGAGCCUCCUAUUGGAGAUCUAAGAUUUAAGGCGCCAAAACCCAAACAACCAUGGACAGGUGUUCGCCAGGCAAAGGAACACGGCCCGAUAUGUUUUCAAUAUAACGUCUUUUCCAGACCACCAGUUAACACAGGCGAAGAAGACUGCCUUUAUUUAAAUGUAUAUACUCCUUAUAUUCAACCGCAAAAGUAUCUGCCUGUGCUGGUGUUUAUACAUGGGGGUGCUUUCAUGAGUGGAAGCGGAAAUCAAGAUUUUUACGGACCUGAAUUUUUAAUAAGACACGAUGUUAUUCUCGUCACAAUAAACUAUCGCCUCGAAGUACUUGGAUUCUUGUGCCUUGAUACUGAAGAUAUUCCUGGGAAUGCAGGAUUGAAAGAUCAAGUUGCUGCGCUUAGGUGGGUGCAGAAUAACAUACGAAAUUUUGGAGGUGAUCCCGACAAUGUAACGAUUUUUGGUGAAAGUGCUGGUUCGGCUAGUGUAUCGCUGCACUUAGUAUCACCCAUGAGUAAAGGUCUCUUUAAAAGAGCCAUAAUGCAAAGUGGAACAAUGGUCAGCUCAUUAGUGGAACCUUACGGAGCGCGCGAUAGAGCUCUUCUUCUUGCUAAAGAAUUAGGAUGCAAUUCAAAGAACGAUAAAGAGAUUUACGAUUUUUUCAAAAAUCAACCAGUUGAACGUCUUGUUAACGUACAAGUACCUAUAACAUACACAGAACUUGCUAAACUAUCACCCAAAGUGUAUUUUUCUAUUGUCUCAGAAAAGAAAUUCAGUGAUCAAGAAUGGUUUCUUGAAGGAAACUUACUAGAUCUUUUCCGAAACGGCAUCCACGAGGGCGUUGAAGUAAUCAAUGGAUACACAGAAGACGAAGGAGUUUUAUUAUUUAUGAUGGGAUGUGAUAUUGAUGAUGUUUUCAACCACGCCAAUAAAUUCGCAGAAUUCUUUGUUCCUUAUGAUAUUGCUAAUCAUAUUUCCAUUGAUCAACAGAUUGAACUUGGCAAGAAAGUCAAGAAGUAUUAUUUGAAAGAUGCAUCUGCACGUAAGGAAGAUAAUCUUGACAAUUUACUGAAAUUCUUUGGUAUGAAUUUGUUUGUCUACUCCAGUACAGCGUGGCAAAAAAUAUGUGCAAAGAGAAACAAAAACAAUAUUUAUUUGUAUGAAUUUACAUGUAAAUCUGAGAGGAAUGUUUUCGCUCGCUUUGAGAAAGGAUCCGAAUUGAUAUAUGACCGUAGAAUCCCAGUGGCUCAUGCAGAUGACCUGUUAUAUCUUUUCCCGGGAUCAAGUAUUUUACCACCGGUUGAUAUGAACUCCAAAACGUUCCAGAUGAUUGACCAAGUAACAAAAUUGUGGACAAAUUUUGCCAGAUACGGGAAUCCAACACCUGAUAACAGCUUAGGGGUAAAAUGGCAGCCGUAUACACUAGAAAACCAGUCUUAUUUGGAUAUUGGAGAAAAAUUAGUACCUGGAGUAUCGCCAAAUGAGGAGGAAAUCAACUUUUGGGAAGAUAUUUAUAGAGAAUACUACCCACAAAAACUACCUUGA